ACUCCGCUUGUCCCCGGAAAAGCGUCAAAACUGGAGAACUUCGGGGCAAGGUACCUGACGUUGGAGGACAGUUGCUUUCUGGACCUCGUAAUUUUCGACGUUGAGACCUUCCGCAAAGCCAGUGACGACUGCCAAAGAGUACUGCUUUUCCCGGCCGUCAACAACUACAGGCGCUUUUUGAUCCACAAGACCGUCGAGCAGUUCCCCGAGCUCAAGACCUUUUCCGUCGGAGAGGGGUAUGCGAGGAGAACCGUGGUGUGUUUCGUCAAACAGUCCGAAAGACAAGCUUUGAUCAGCUUGAGAGAAAGGGAGACGGCCAUGGCAGCGACUGAGACCAAAAAGACAGUGUCCUCGAAACCAAUGCCGGUUGUUGGGAUUUAUCAACCGCCUGCGAUGCGGGCCGCAAGAAAUUCGACUGAUAAUGAAAACGGAGACUCCGCCUCAAUUAACUCGGGAUCCCGGUUAUCCAAAUCCAAACGGCCUGACUUGCAGGUUUAUGUGCCUAGAGCCCGCAGACAAGCGGCAGAUUCACCUCCAGAGUGUGCAGCUCAAACCACACCGUCGCCCCCGAAGGCCUCUAAAAUCCGCAAUGCUUCCCCAAAUGUGGUGACUCCCAGAAAAAAGUCUGCCACCAAAACGAAUAAUAAGGGCCUUGGUAGCAAAUCACAAUCCUGCGACUCGGAUACGUCUAGCUGUGAUCUUUUGGAAGACAAUAGUUCUUUUAUUGAAGAAGAGAAAGCAGUGGCUCCUGUCACUGCAAUUUUAAAAGAACCAACUGUUUGUAAAGACAAACCUGAAGUUACCAAUGAAACUGUCAAAGGUGUUGAAAAAUCUGAAGAAGAGUGUGUUGUUUUCAAAGGAGACGUUUCAAGUGAGAGUGAUGUGGUGGAGGAAAGUGAAGAAACUGAAACAAUCGCUGUGCCACGUGCUACGGAACUUAUUCAAAGUGCUACUCCUAGCCUGCCAAAAUUUGUUCCGCAAGACUUAGGUGCCGAAGGAGAUUCUUGGGAUGCCAUGUUUGAUGACAAUGGUGACUGCCUUGACCCCAAAAUAAUGGAUGAGCUUACAAAAACAGUUGGAAAAGUAAAAAUUGACAAACCAGCAUCGGACUACCGCAAUUAUGAAGAAGCAAGAGAAAAAUUGUUGGCAGAAAGUGAUUAUUCCCACGUUCUUGAAGUUUUUGGGUUCCCUGCGGAGUUCAAAACUCCUGAUCUAGUUGCUGUAUUAAACCCAUUUGCUGGUCGAUCUGGCUUUGAUUUAAAAUGGGUAGAUGAUACCCAUGCCUUGGCAAUUUUCAGCAAUUCCCUAAUAGCUGCUGAAGUUUUAUCAAUGAACCACAACCUGUUCAGUGUGCGACCUUUGUCUCAAGCAAGCGCAGAAUCAAAAUCAAAAGCAAAAAAAUGUCCUCAAACUCUACGGCCGUACCGACCCAGACCUGAGACAUGUUCUGCCAUGGCCAAAAGACUUGUGAGCUCAGCCCUGGGGGUCCGACUCACCACCACUAAGGAAGAGCGAGAAAAAGAAAAGAAUUUACUGAAAGAAGCAAGAGAAAAGAAACGAUUGGCUGUUAAACAGAGCCAGGAUGCCUGGGAGGGCACCAUCAGCAGCUUCAAAUCGUAAAAUUCAUGUUAAUGUUCAUCUUCUAGUCAUGUUGAAUGAAUAUUUUAACUAUUUUUGGUACAUAAUUUUUGUAUGUUUUGUAUCAAAUAAAUAAUAUUUAAUGCUGUUGUCAGCAUUAAUUUUUCUUGGCUCUUGUAAGACCCACUAGAAUUAUAAUGACAGUUGUAUUUUAUGUUGAUAAUAGGACAACACAAAUUGUAAAUUGUGACAUCAAUAAAAUCAAAAUAAGAAAUAAUUAAUUUUGUAUU